AAUUAAAAUUACAAAAAGAGAAAAACCAAACCUACUCUGAGACCCAACUAGAACAUAGUUUAGAAAACCCCUAUAUUCAAGUUCAGACUGAACCUAAACAAGAAUUACAACUCACAACAUCUAAAGAGAAUUAUACUACAGAAGAAACAGAAGACAACAACUCUAACCUAGUACAAAAAACAAACACCUCAUCUCCUAACUUAGAAUUAUUCAAACUAGAAAGUGAAACUGCAACAGCAGAUACUCAGAAAGAAGAACAAGAAAAAAUAACAGAGGUAGCUACCUCUGAACAGGGCUCUUUUUCUUAUUAG